AUGCAACUUUUUGACCAAGCCUGUCCUCAGGAUCCCUCUCUGGUCACCCUGGCGUUUCCUUGUUUCGAUGGCAUUUAUCUCCCAAAGGAAGAGGUUAUAUUCCUGCAUCAUGUCAAGGAUGAGCUGGAAACUUACCUACAGGAGAGCAACCACAAGAGUGUGCUCCUGUUCCCUCCUCUACCGAGCAGACUGCGAUACCUGAUCCACAGGACCAUAGAGGACCUGCCGGAGCUCACCACCUUCUCAGUAGGGGAGAGCUGGAGCCGUAGGGUGGUGGUCUGCCAUUCUGAGAUCAGGGGUGUGGAGGAGGAAGGCAGUGACUGGGAGAGCAACAACAGCUUGUGUGAACAGCCACUAAGUAACAGGGAGGAGAUAGAUGACAGCACCAGGCCUAAAUCGUCGGUCCCAUCGCGAAGCCGAGGACCUAAGAGGCCGGACAAACCCCUCUACAUGCCACGAGCUGCUCGGGAGAGACUCUCCAUACAGAACACACAAGAACUAUCAGGAGACCAAGGGUUGCCCAAUCCAGCCUCAAGUAGCUGUAGCUGCAUGAGCAGUUCAUGUGACUCUUGUUUCCGUCCCGAAACAGCAGAGGAAACCUCAAGCACAUCCAGACAGGAGUGUCUCCCCAGUGUAGCUGAGUGUAUCCCUAACCAGGCUGCUGACAGUUCAGCACUUUGUCCUCAGGAAGAGAAACAAAAGUCGGUGCUGACGCUGCAUGAAGAUGAGCCCCUAGUCUGGCAACAGACAUUGUCCUGCUUCAAUGACAUGACUCUGGAGGAAGAUGAGAAGGGCAAGGAAGACAUAUGCACAGACACAGAUGAUGUAAUUGAAGAGAUCAAGGCACAUCUAAAAGAGCCGGUGUCCAUUUCCAUCCAGCACGUUCACAAUGACUACUCCAUUUAUGAGAAUGUGUGUAUCAGCCUGGACAAGUUUUGCCACGUGAUCGAGAUCUAUGACUUCCCAUCUUGUUUCAAAACAGAUGACCUCUUGGACGCUUUCACAGACUACAGUGAUGGUGGAAUGAAGAUCGAGUGGGUUGACGACACACAUGCCCUGGGGGUUUUCUCCAAUGAGACUGCAGCAAUCCAGGCACUCUCCAUUUGCCAUCCAUUGCUGAAGGCAAGAGCAUUGAAUGAAGCGAGUAAAAAAGCCAAAGGGAAGGCCAAUAGACGAGCAGAGUUUAUCCAGCCAGUGAAGGAACGUCCUCGGACAGACUCUGCUGUUGCCAGGCGGAUGGUGACCCGAGCCCUGGGGCUGCAGGCACGAGGCAGAAGAGGGCAGCGAUAUUGAAGGGAAUUGCAAACACCGUUGGCUUAUACAGAAAGGUCCCGCAGAGGUCUGCCUCCAUUCAUUGGGCCUCUAGAGGCGCCACAAACAGUCAGCUGAUAGAGAAGAGUAUGACUGCUGUCCAGCACUGUUUGCCUGCUUCACUGAUGGUACAGCAGGUGUGCUUUGUGAAGAAUGGGACUGAGAAGAGGUGACUGCCACAAAUAAGCAACAUUCACACUGUUGAAGUUUCCUUGAGCAGGACGCUGAAUCACAACCAGCAUCACAGCCUCAAUGUUGCUUCUCUACAGCUGAACCUGACCCCUUUGGACAUUAUUGAUGUGUUUCCAGUUCUUCACUCUUAAGAUCAAUAAUCAAGAGUCCAAUGCAAACAGUACUUUCAUAUGGAAAAGGCACCGGAGAAAGCUGGAGAAGCUCUUAGCUUGUUUUGAUUUGAAUGCAUGAAGUCUUGAAACUAAAGUGUGUUUCAAGUGUCUUUAAUUUCCAGGCAGGGAUUAGUUUUAUUUCCUCCUUGCUGACAUGAUGCUGCAUAAUUCUCUAAUAAUAAGUUAUUGUUUUCAAACUUAAUGUUGAAAUCCUCCACACAUUAGUUCUCAGGAUAUGGUCAAAGCUGUAGUUACAGCCGGAUUUUUAUAUAAAGUGCACAAUUCCAACUGACAAAUGUAAUGUAGACACAUUAACAUUAAUCAAAUCUGUAAAAAAGAUAACACCAAGUAUUGUUUUCAAAAGCCGGCAAAGAAAAAAACAUGUAGAGAAUUUUUUUUCUAAUUUUUGAGUUGAUUUUAAAACUUUGUUUUAAUUGUUGUAAACAAGUUACAAGAUGUUCAGUUUUUCAUAUUUAUUAUGAUCCUCUAAAUAACACAAAACUACCGCAGGAUUGUUGUUUAAGAGGCAAAGUAUUCAAGUUAUUUCUCACUCCACAUUACAGAACUAAAGUUUGAGUUUUGGAAACUUGGAAUGUUAGUUCUCUUUGAACCUUUUACUGUAUUUAGUAAAAGAAAGAUGUUGAGUAUUUUAUUUUUUGUAAUACUAAAAUGAGAGGUUUCCCUGAAAUUAUCUUUUGUGCCUGAAGCGGGAGUGACAGGACUUGUUCUGUGAUAAGUCUCUAUGCAUUACCUAUGUCGAUUAAUGGUUGAAUUUAACUGCAUCCCUUGAGUCAUUUCAGGGAAAAGAAGACUUAACCAUUUAAUACUCCACAAUCCCAUGAAAACCAACCAUGGUUUUUAACUUAAUUGGUUGUAUAAAAGUUUCAGUGAUGUAAAAGUUGUAAUAAACAAAAAGUU